AAUUAUCCUGUGUUUUUUAAGCCUUGGACAAUAUGAAAUAAAGUAGUGUACUUUUUUGUACUAUUUAUAGCAUAACAUAAAAAAUCUAAAAAUGGAUUCUGUACUCGAAGAAUACAGAUCAUCAUUGACAGAUUUAACAUUUAACAGCAAGCCACUGAUCAACAUGUUGACAGUAUUGGCUGAAGAAAAUUACAGCCAUGCACCUGAUCUUGUUCGAAUCAUUGAAAACCAGGUUUAUCAGUCACCUCCAAACCAGAGACUUCCAGUUUUAUAUCUCAUUGAUUCAAUUGUGAAAACCUAUGGACCGUAUGUCAAGUUAUUCAGCCCAAAUUUGAUCAAAACCUUUCUUUUCGUCUUUGAAAAAGCAGAAACGAAAGUUCGUCAAGACUUAUUCAAAUUGCGAUCAACGUGGAAUGGCAUGUUUUCAAAAGGUCUCUUGCACGACUUAGAUGUUGCUGUUAAGCAGUUUGAUCCCAACUGGCCAAUCAGGAUAAAGAAAACAGCUCAUCCAAGUGGAUUAACAUUGGAUGAGAGAGUAGCAGAAAUGAUGAAUCGACCCCAAUCCUCAAGUGCUGAUGAUAGUCCAAGUAAAUUCUCAUCAGAUGAAGAAGAAUACAAUGCAUCCUACCAGGGAGAUUCAGGAACCCUCGAUACAGGAGGAGAUAUCUUAGUAGAGGAAGAGGAGAUUCUUGUUGAUGAAGAAAAAUAUAAUGAACUAGAAGCUUUAGAAAAAGCAUUGAUAAAAAAACAGGAAGAAUUGAAUAAACUUGAGUCAUUGGGUGAUAAACCGACUACAUCAGCUGAUUUGAGUGAGCCAAAGAUUGAGAAAUCAAUUCCACCACCGAAAUCUCCUACUGAGCAAGUUCCGUAUUUUAUCGAUGCCAGCGCUUAUUCAAAUCCGAAGUCACCAGUGGAAGAUGACAUGGGUGAACCAAAGAAGAAAAGAAUAAAAUCUGAUGAAAAUGAAGCAGAAAAAUUGUCACUCAUUCCAUCUGAAAUUGGGAAGAAAACUCCAAAAGAACUCAUCAAGGAAAAAGUUACAAGUUAUGAAAAUCCUUACAUUUCUACACCAGAUGAUUCGUUGUUCAUAUCAGAGAGGAGAGACAUUGAUACUCAAACGGAUUCCAAGAUUCUCAAAGACAGUCAGUCACAGAUCGUGGUUGACAUGCAGGACCAAACAACACAAUACAGAUACCGUAAAAAGACAAAGAAUUUUUUAUCGUUAUAUAGAGUUCCUUCCAAGAGUGUAGCAACUUAUUUCAGGAUUAAAACAAAAGAAGCACAAACGCAAUAUAACCCACCAUCUGAUUCACAAGACAUUGCUGCUGACAGUACUUCUGGUCAUCCUGAUGGUGGGAAUGCAACAAUGUUUGUUAGCAAAGAAAGAUCUGCACUGAAAGAAUAUAUAACUGCUUUGAAAGAUGACUUUCUUCCUAAUGAAUACACAAAGCAUACUGGACUUCUGCUUAGAAAUUUAUAUUCUCAAAGAAGACAAGGAUUGUUGUGUGAUAUAACUUUGGGAGCUGAAGGUCGUGUUUUUAAAGCACACAAAUCAGUUUUGGCAGCAUCGAGCGAUUUCUUUUACACCUUGUUUGCAUCGGAAGAAAUUGAGAAAACACCGCUAAGCCAUAUUGAAUUACAGGGAAUAACAGCAAAAGCCCUAAGCCUGGUUCUGGAUUACAUUUAUACAUCUGUAUUGCCGAUGGGAAGUCUGGCAAGCAUUAAAGAAAUUGUUACUGCUGCAAAGAGAUUACAAAUCCAUUCUCUAAUUAUCAUCUGUCCUGCACUCGAACAAGCUAUCGCGAAAAAGAUUGACAUGGCUGGUUGGCUUAUCUCCAACUCAAGUCUACUUAGCCCUAGUGACAAGCACCCCUAUGUUGAAGCUAUAAAAACUCUACGGGAUUAUGGCGGUUCAGGAGCAAUGAUGCAUAUCGACGACAGUAAACAACAUGUCAAAGAUGUCAUGACGGGAUCAGGAGAUGCAAGUGCUGGCGAUUAUAUUUGUCAUGUUGAUAGAGAUGUUUCAAGCAAAAAAAGAUCAGCAGAUGUUGGCCACUUCCAAGGUUCCUAUGAUGCUUAUUCUAAUGAUGAAGCUAAAUAUAUGAAAAGGAAGAUGAAAUAUUCAGAGAAGACAAGUGAAACUGACAGUGAUUAUGACUUGGAAGGAAUUGCUAAAUCAGAAGCGAUUUCAAAGAAAGGUGAAGCUGGUAUCAUAGCAUCACCUGGUAUGCCACCAACUUCUUGGUCAGAAAUUUAUGUUCAGUCAAAAAGUUCAAAGAAAAAGAAAAGAUCAACAGAAACAGCUACAAGGGAACAAGCCGUCUAUAAAUGCAACAACUGCAAUCGCAACAUUAUAUCAAGAAGAAAUUAUAAUGCCCACUGUGAAGCCCACGUGAGAAAAGGUGAAAAACCCUAUGGUUGUACUCUGUGUAAGAAAAUGUUUUGGAAAGAAUCUGUUCUUGAAGCGCAUUUGGUGAAAAUUCAUACUGAACUAAGCAGUGAACAAAUUAAAAAAUUCACAAAAUCCAUAAUCAAGCCUACUGGUGUGCCCAACACAAAUUCAUGGUCAAAAUCAAAAAGAAAAGAUCAAAGAUCAUCUCCGUCAUCCUCAAAAAUCAGGGACAUAACAAGGUCAAAGGAUUACGUCAGCAGCAAAUUAGGUGGACCAAGAAAAUGCACCGAAUGUAAACUUGUCCUGCAGAAUGAGGUUGCACUCGCAAAACACAUGAGAAUUACCCACCCUUCCAUAGGCCUUCCGCAAGACUAUCAAUAUCAGUGCAGAUUCUGUCUUCAUUAUUUUAAGACCGGUGCCGCAAGAGCAGCUCACGAGAAGAAACAUGUUCGCGAUGGUGAUGUACCAUACGAGGAAAAAAUGAAGAAACGUUUGAGCAGUGAUGUUGAAAACCCCCACACUGGAGACAGUGAUCAAGGAGCAUUGUCAGAUGAAGAUGUUGCUUAUUCAAGUCGUGGUGUAGAUGAGGAAGAAGUGAAUCUCUCAAAUCCUGAAGAAUCUCAGGACAGCGAAUCUGCAAUAAAACUCAAAUUAUACCAAUGUGAAUUAUGUGGAGAGAUGUUCUCGAUUCAAUGCUUUUACAAAGCCCAUAUGGCAGGACAUAAGAAAGAUAUGGAUGAUUUCUGAUCAAACCUAAAUUGCUUCACUCGCAUUGAAGAGUUAUUUUUCACUGAUAAUAUUUGAUGAAAAAAAAUCAUGAGCUGAUUGAACACUGUAAAUGUGAAAAAAGUAACAAGGUCCUACUGAUGUUCAGAUUCACUGCCUAUUGUAAGUCAAUGAUGGAGUACUUGCUUUGAGAUGUCACUAUGGUUUGAUUACAAGUAAUAGCACAUGCGCAUAAUGGAUGCUGUCAACUGAAUGCUGAAUCCUAUCAUCAACACUGCUUUUGUUCCAUACUUUUUGGAUGCAGAACUUUUCAAGAACUGAUAUAAACGGAUCUGUACAUUCAGUAGUCAUCUGCGACAUGGCUCGUACUAAUAUGCGGCACUCCGUUGACCGCUAUGUUACCUCAAAACAAUUAGCUGUGUUAGGAGUAGGCGAAUAUACUUUUUCGAUCAAUGAUUUUUUGUGUUUCAUUAUUUCAUCGUUCUUAAAGUAAUUGCUGGCCUUUUCUUCAUGAAUGCUCUUAUUAUUCUGGUUUAUAAUCACAUAUUCAAUUGCCUAUACAUGUUACCGACGAGUAUCGCUCAUUAUUCGCCCGCUAAUUUGUCACCUAAAUGUCAACUACCAACUACUGUCAUAUUACAGACCAGUGUAUCCGCUAUUCAUUCCAAAAAAUAUGAUUCAAAACGAAAAAUUGCACUCUUAGGUAAUUCUGUAAUUCAAUUAAAUAAUUGCAUAACGACCUCCAUCCUGCAAAUGAUGCCUAAAAUUGUACAUAAUUCUUUUAACGUCUCUUUUCCACCUUUCACUAAUUUCCCACGCUAUCGUGGUAUCACUGCCUUUUUCAAUUUCAGAUUUGUUGUGAUGUUUAUAUGAUUAAGCAGUCUUCGGUGUCAAUACCUAUGUUUAAUAUUAUUCAGUUUGAAGUAGAGAAAUAAUUUGGCUGUUGGAAAGUUGUUCAUUGCCAAGCAUGAAUUAAAGAUGGAAGAAACUUGGCAACAUGCUACAUUUCCAAUUCAUACCUGACAGUGAAUUUACUGAUUUAUUCAUUGUCAAGAAAAAUAGGACUAGAAAAUAAGUGUGAAAUGAUUGUUUCCAAAGAUUUGAUUUUCGUUGUAUUGUGAUAAUAAUUUUCCUUUUGAUAACAAGAAAUCACUGGUGAAGCUCAUUGAUAGGCUGAAUAGUUUCUGAAUAUUUCAGUGUUUUAGUAUAGACAUAAUAAUUGAAAACACUGCCCUGUUCUUUUAGAGACAUGCAAGUAGGGUAUGACUGUUUUCCGUUAGGAAAAAUGUUACCCUGUAUUCAGAAUCUUAAUGUACUCUGUUGCUGGUUCGCUUUCGUUUAUGUAUGCAUGGCAAAAUACCCCAAGAAUUGGAAAUUCGGUGUAUAGUAUACUGUCAUUGAUAACUUUCACAAAAUAAGGAUACUCAAUUGAUUGAUACAAUAUCUCUUUGAAAAUCGUGUGCAUUUUGGAAUUUCAGUUAAUUUUGUGCUGGUGUUCACUAAUUAUGACUAAUUAUUUUUUGCUAUAACUCCGUCAUACUUUCUUUCUGCGUUUUGUUCAUUUUCAAGUCAUCUUGUCCGUUUAUAUACAUUUUUUUAUUUCUUUGUAAUAAACUUGUCAAAAAGUGUUUGUU